GUGCUCCAUUUCCUUCCGGUGCAAAGUUAAGUAUGACAUUGACAUCCUGUGAGUUUGAAUCUAAUCAAUCUCAAUCACAACAGCAACGAAUUUCACUCCUUUAUGUUUGUUUGGGGUGCUGGAUUUUGCACAAAUGCUUGUCUAUCAGUACAUGGCCAUGGAUCGGUUUCGAUCGUUUUUACAGCUAUUGUAUAGUUGCCGCCUCUGCUGGGGUGAUGUACGAUUGGGUAUUGACUUUCGAACAAGAGGUGGAACUGAUCUGGAGGCAACGCUGGUCCCCUAUAACCGUUUUGUUUCUCAGUGUGCGCUAUCUUGGAAUAUCAUAUGCUGUCGCUAGCAUGUUUAUGUAUGUUCCGACGGUCCCAACGACAGAUACAGUAAGCUUUAUUUUGGUCAUUUUAAUGAAUUGGAUUGAUAUCGUCGCAAAUGCAUUGCUGGGCGUGAUCAUGCUCAUUCGCCUAUACGCCAUGUAUGGACGAUCCAGAAAAGUGUUGAUACCUCUUGCUGUCUUCUUGGUUGCUGGCAACAUGUUCAUCGGAGUGGCUGUGGCAACAACAAUAGCAAUGAGGGAUUUUUCACAGGAGGAGCUCAUUCUUUCCGGUACUCAUCAAUGCACAGGACAUUUCAAUGGUUAUUACUUACAUCUGGAUUCCGUAUCUUGGAUAUUCGGCACUUCAUGGGAGGUCAUCGCACUGUUUCUCGCAGUUUGGAUCGCUGUACUACACUUCUGUGAACUGCGACAGCGUUCUGGAGACGGAAUUAUGAACGACUGCUUCACGGUGUUGAUAAAAACUCACCUGGUCUACUUUGCGAGCGUCGUUGGUGUUUCAUGCCUCGGUCUCGGUGAUAAUUUUUCGAAAGCUUUAGUGAAUGAAUAUUCCCUGGGGACACAGAUAUAUCAGGGGCUUUUUGUGAUGUUCCGUUUUGUGCAGAUGUUCGUGUUAGGACCACGCCUGGUCCUUGGCGUUCGAGAAUAUCAUGCCAAGCUCCUGAAUGACUCCAAUACAGCAACCGGCAUGACUUCAAUUGCUUUCCAGGAGCCCGUGCAUAUUUCAACCAGGAGUAGUGUGUAA